CUCGCCUCCGUGGCUGGGCUGGGGACAAGCGUGUGUGCUCCAGGUACAGGACUCCCAAAGUCAAGGGUUUCAGAUCACACUGGCAAAUUAUUUUGCAAGCAGAUGCCACAGGUCUCCUCGCAGACUGGGCAGCACACAAGGUCAGCGUCAGCAGAUCUGACCCUAAAAAUAGGCCCUUGGAUGCCAGUCAGAGUGGCUGGGUGUGCGGCCGCCACACGCCCCACGGACCAGCACCUCCUGACCCGGCCAGGACCCAGUGAGCACAGCUGCAGAAAGGAAAGAAAAUCCCUUGGCUCCAAAAUGACAUCUGGAGAAUCGAAGACAGGCCUCAAGAACGUCUACCCAUCUGCCAAGAAGCUGCUGCCGAAGGUGGAGGAGGAGGGGGAGGCUGAGGAUUACUGUACUCCUGGAGCCUUCGAGCUGGAGCGUCUCUUCUGGAAAGGCAGUCCCCAGUACACCCACGUCAACGAGGUCUGGCCCAAGCUCUACAUCGGUGAUGAGGCAACCGCGCUGGACCGCUAUGGGCUGCAGAAGGCAGGCUUCACCCACGUGCUGAACGCUGCCCACGGCCGCUGGAAUGUGGACACGGGGCCCGACUACUACCGUGAUAUGGCCAUCGAGUAUCAUGGCGUCGAGGCUGAUGACCUGCCCACCUUUGACCUCAGCGUCUUCUUCUACCCAGCUGCCGCUUUCAUUGACGCUGCCCUCCGCUAUGAUCACAGGCACAACUGCGACUCAGUCCCAGCCAGCAAUCAUCUUGUGAGAAUCAGUGCUGAUGUGGUAGAUCUGACUUCACAGGAAAAGUUUCCAACCUGGAUUUUAACAUAAAACUGCUCAAAUUUUAAGUGCUGUUGGCAACAAGUUGAAAAUUUCUUAAAAUGCUGCAAAGACCAAACAAAAGAAACCCAAUGGCUGUCAGUUUGUAACCUGUGCCCUGAGUAGUCAGAGUAACAAAAUAAAAUGCUAGUUAGCAUCAUCAGAGACUCCAGUAGUGGAGACAGUAUGUGCUCAGCUUGUAUGGCACAUGUGCAGGCUGCCUGGAUGGGGCUUGUCACACCCUGGAAAACCACAGGAUGCUCCUGUAGCAUUCUAGAGCCAGAUGCACUCGUAUGUUUCUUAUUAUACUCUUGGUGUAAGAGCUGUUGAUGGACAGUCUGGCCAAAAGGCAAAGGCGUGUCUUUUUCCUGUCUUUCCUGUUCUUCCUUUAGCUUCAGCUUACUGCACAGUUUCCCACACCGCCCCUCACAGUCAGUCUCUUUUUGGAAAGCAGAAAAGCAUCCCUCAUGGUGCUGCGGAGCUGUACUUGUGGUCUGUUGUCAGCCCCAUGGGGCCCACCCCAUGUCUACCCAACCUUGAUCUGACCGUUCCGAAAUAAAAAAUCUUGGGAGAUAAUCGGGUCCAGUGUCCUGCCCUGAGAGCCAGGGAAACAGAGACCCAGAGAAGUCACAUGACACGGUGAGGGUCACAGAGCUCAUCAGAGGCCAAUGGGCAUCCCUUCUGUCACUCAGGCCUCAUGGAAGAGUCCUUCGUCCCUAUUUUGAGCAUCUGGUGACUCUGCAGUAUAAGGGGUCACCAAAUAUCAUGAAAGGUGAGACAUUCCAGCUGGUUGUAGGAUCUAAAACAACUGAAUUAUCAUGCUUCAUCCGAAAAAGAAGUACGGACAAAAUACUGCCACCGGAGCCCGGUUUGGACUGCCUUCUCUGCUCUUGGGAUGGCAUCCUCAGAGCUAAGUUACUGUGGUUUUAAUGAAAUCUGAGAAAUCCCAGGGCAGAUACCAAGAGGUUCUAAAGAUCAGAUCUUAGUGUCACCACUCUCCUUUCUUUUUCUUAAACAAACAGUCCAUAGGCUGCUUUUGAAGCCAUCUUAAAAUCUAUUAUGGAUAAGGAAGGUAUGAAUAAAUAAAUGAAGUCUGCAUUUGAGCAGGAAGCUGAUUCUCUGGUGCUUCUGGCUUUAACCAGACCAAGAUUUCCAGGGUGUUUUAAGAGUCUCCCGACCCACUGCAGCAAGAACAGGCCUGCUGCCUGGCAGUUCUAAAACAUGCCACACAUCCUUUUCCUGAGGACUUCCACGGGUGCAGACCAUUUUGGGAGGAGAAGGAACUCUCCAGGUUCCAAGGUAGUGAGUGGGAGACAAAGGGCAUACCCCUCAAACCAAGGGAAUGGGAUGGGAUGAGUUGGUGAUUAACAGGCUUGGCCUAUAUGACUGAUUUGAGUGACCAAGGCUUACCUUCUGGUCACCAGUGAAAACACGCCACUAGGUAAACAGUAGAGAGGAGACGGCUGAACAGCAUCAACAAUGCAAUGAAUAUGAACUUGGGCAAACUCUGGGAGAUGUUAAGGGACAGGGAGGCCUGGCAUGUUGCAAUCCACGGGGUCACAAUGAGUUGGACAUGACUAGGUGACUGAACGAGAGAUUCUGGAUUUGACUUUUCCUCAUAAAACUGUAGGAAUUCACCUUUUUUGUAAAAGGUCAAAGGAGGAAUGCUUAAUCGAAAUCAUUUCUCAAACAUAAACU